AUGUCAGUCGAGGACCAAAUGAAACUUUCACCUCGGAUAUUUGCCUUCAUCAUUGGUAUAAACCAAUAUUCAGAUCCCCAAAUUGAGGAUCUACGUGGCUCGGUGCGCGAUGCAAAAGCAGUCCGCAAAUUCCUCAAGAACAAGCUGGGGGUUAACGACCGCAACAUCCGUAUGCUGAGCGACCUCGAAGCUACUCGGGAGAACAUCAUACAAGCCUUUGUUGCUUUGCAGACCAAUCGCGAUAUACGAAGAGGAGACGCCAUUCUGAUAUACUAUGCUGGCCACGGACAGGAGGUCGAGGUGCCAGAUGAUUGGCCAACGGAGGAUGGUUGGAACAUCGUGCAAAGUAUUGUUCCUUGCGAUUUUACCAGUAAUGGGAACGUCCAUGUUAUUCCGGACAGGACAAUCGGACGUCUCCUCCGCAACAUCAUGAUCGAGAAAGGCGAUAAUAUUACUGUGAUCUUUGAUUGCUGUAAUGCCGGCUCUGGGACGCGAAGUUUGGAUUCACCUGUGUCAGUGAGAAGUGCAAUGUUAAAAAACUAUGCAUUGCCCGCUGGCCUCGAUGAUGAUAUUAUUGACAUGCAUCAACAACGAGCUGCGGUCCAGCAUGUCUCCGGAAGCCUUGCGUCUCAUGUCUUUCUCGCUGCGUGCAGCGCGUCGGAACGUGCUAUCGAGAUUAAUGGCCGAGGUCAAUUCACGAGAGCACUUCUCAAAGUUCUCAACUCCGUCCCGAUCUCUGAAAUCAGCUACGUCGAUCUCAUGGAUCGUCUGGAGCAGCUCGUUUUCCAGAACCCUCAGCUUGAAGGUGUCAACAGACACCGCAUACUGUUCAACGGGAAAGUCCUAUCCCCAACCAGGAACGUGUUCAAAGUUGAUCUCAAUCCCAAUGCACAGUACGUUCUCCGUGCAGGUGCCGCGCAUGGGGUCUCGCCAAAAGCAGAGUUCACCCUGUACGCGGAUGCUAAGGCGCUCAGUAAUCAAGAACCUUGUGGUGUUUCCACCGUCCUUGAUGUCGGACCAUUUCAGUCGACAUUAUCACAACCCAUAAACCCAACACGUGCCCUAGGACAGUCACCAAUUGCGGUUCAAAGCAAAUCAGGCGUCCAGGAACAGCUCAGAGUCCAUGUUCCCGAAGAAGCUCUGCUACAGAUCUUCAACGAAGCCUCCCUAGUGCAGACCCGUGAGCCCCUUGCUGGCCACCAAAUUAGAUUUAGCCUGGCGGACAAAUUAAUCGCAGACAUAGAGGCCAGACGGCAAGGGGAUGACAUCGCCUUUUACCACCUUGAUGAGCGAGUCACCGCCCACGGCCUCACACGAUGCAUCCACACAGCCAAUUCAGAUCCUGCCAGCCUAUGCCGAAUACUUCAGGGCGCAGCGACGUACUACUAUCAUCUGAAUCGAUCUUACCUUACCAGUGACAACCUGCGCAAAUCUCUUCGAUUCGAGUUCUUUAAACUGCAACCGUCAUGGCAGCAUGACGAGGACGGUGCAUUAGGAUGGAUGCCGAUGGGUGAAAAUCUUAUCAAGGAUGGCAUAAUCACCCUUGAGAUUGAUGACGCCGUCGAAAACUUGUAUGGGAUCAGGGUUACUAAUUACAGCGGCACAAACUUGUACCCAAACAUAUUUUACUUUGAUAACAGUGAGCUCAGUAUUGAAUCAUACUAUUCGACCACUACAGAAAACCACUUCCUGGCGGAUUCACCUCUACCUAAAGAGGGUGGUCAGAUCAAUAUAGGUUUUGGGAAUGGCGGUGCAAAUCCCAUCGAAUACUUCAUUCCUGAUGGCCACGACGUUGACGUCGGGUUUUUAAAAUUCUUUUUCUCGACUUCACCAAUUGACCUAUCGCCGAUCGCUCAGUCGUCCCCUUUCAAGAUACUUCGCGACACCGAAACAAGCUUACCGUACACCGACCCCAAUAAAUCAGACGCUUGGUGUUCUGUCCUCAUUCCCAUCGUCCAGAAAAGAAUCUCUUGA